CGCGCAAAACGACCAACUGAAAGUUCCUUUCGAAAUGAAGACAGUGUUUUUCUCCUCUACUCUGGCUGCUACCGCGGCAUGCAUGGCGAUAGCGCCUUCGGUCAACAUAGCCGCCAUCAAGGAACGGUCUAUUCAUGAUCCAGAUGUAAACCCUACGACCGUCGACAGUACGGCCACGAGAUCUCAGUGGGUGUCUGCUUACAAGAUCCCUCGUGAUGCACAAAAAUCUGAGGCUGGCUUUACUGUCGAUAGUACGGCCACGAGAUCCCAGUGGGUGUCUGCUUACAACAGUCCUCGCGAUGGGCAAGAUCUUGCUGUUGCUGUACCAUUGGCUUCGAAUGGCGAUAAAGACCUGACCGGUAGUGAUCACUGGGUAUGCAUACGACUCAAUCUGGUUGACAGAGGUACUGAUGGACUUGAAGCUACCAAAUGGACCAGAAUCUCUCGAUGUCAACGAUCUUGAGGUGGGCUACCACGCUCAUUUGAUGAACAUGCACGAUUCAGGAUCCUGGCUUCAUUCAAGACUUCGCGAUGUCAAACGUUUUUUCAAAGUCGGCAAUGCUUAGGAAACAUUGCUACCUUUCUUGGUAGCGGAGACGGUGGGAUGAAUCGCAAGCUAGACCGCUAGCCGUAGCAUAAUCAAGAAAUAAGCCCAUCGCAAUUGAAUUGAGGCACAGCUGCGCCAAGCAAGUCUGUGCUCUUCAUCCCAC